AUCUACACGUGCGGUUCUCAUAUAUCCUCUGUGUAUUCUGCCCUGACCGCCUCUCAAAAUAAUCAACAAUCUCAUUCUGAGUCUCAUUGAAUAUUCAUUGCAUUAUUCGACGAUAUCCAUUCCGGAAGACGAGCGGUACUUGUCGCUUUGCCGCAGCGUCUUGUUGACAUGCCGCGCUGCAAUUAACACAAACCCUACCGUUUAUCAACAGUUUCGACACCCCUAUGCAAUAUUUCGUAUCGCCUUGAGGCUGUAAGCUCGCCGCCUAGUCAAGGCUAGUCUAUUUCGGUCAAUGACGGUGAAUGGCUUGUCCGGCCAAUCACCAUUGUACCAGUGCAGGACCCGUAUCUUUAUACAGUCUCGUCGUUGUCUAGGUCUCUCCGUCAUCGACUGUUUAAGCUUCAAGGUCCAAGUUUGCAUUGAUGAUUGGAGCAAGCAUUGGAGCAUUCACUCUGACGGGUGCCCCGUCUCCUCAUCCGGUCCGACUGCAUACAAGUACAAAGAUAGGCUGAUCAUUUCGCAUGGACAUUCGGUGGGAUUCAGUCUGCGCCACAGCAUAUCUCUAUCAUAGGAUGCAGAGAUAUCCCACCAUACGCGUUUUUUGUCUCACAUGUAAGCUAUAACAGUCGAACAGAUGAUGCACAAAAGCCAGUGAGUCCUCUCACCGAUUGUCAAUACUGUCGUUGCCACUGUCAGUUCCUAACCUAACCGAUGUCUACACCAGCUGCCGCUGCCGUCGUCUUAACUACCCGCGGUCAGUCCGGUCGACCAAAAGUUGAGAAUGCGACUGUGUUCGGGAACCCAGCUUCAUUCUGGGUUGAAUACCCCAAUGGGCUCAUCGACCUCACGCGCUCAGCCAAUCGACCAGAAGGUCCAGAGAACAUAUCUCAGCCAAAGGACUCUAAUCCUCCUGCUUUGAACUCUGAGACGCAAUGGGAAUUAUUAGUCGAAGGCGACAGGGUCCUAAGGCUCAACAAAGCAAACACCGCGAUCGUCAUCAUUGAUAUGCAGAACUACUUCUUGCAUCCCGACUUAAGGAACCAUCCAACUGGCUUGGCAUGUGUAGACCCGCUUAUGAAAGCUGUCCCCGCCUUACGUUCAGUGGGUGCAGAGAUCCUCUGGGUGAACUGGGGACUUACCGACCACGAACUCACAACAAUCCCGCCCUCCCUCGUCCGUGGGUUCAGCAAGAACGGAAGCGGUGGCUUCGGCUCUGAAAUCCCCGGUGGUUGGGGUCGUCUUCUCAUGCGAGACCAACGCAACUCCGCCCUGUAUGGACCUUUACAGACACUUUAUGAGGAAGGCAAGGAGAAUGGGACAGAUCUCUGGAUACAUAAAAACAGGAUGAGUGGCUUGUGGGGUCCUCAAACUGCUUUGGACUUGUACCUUCAGGAGAAAGGUAUCACUAGUCUGCUGUUCGCUGGUGUCAACGCAGACCAGUGCGUCCUCGGUACUCUCGUCGACUCUUACUUCCGAGGCUACGAUUGUAUAGUAGUACGGGAUGCCACUGCUACGACAUCGCCUCCAGGCGGGCUGGAGAACGUUUUGUAUAAUGCCGCAAACAGCUAUGGCUUUGUCACGGACUCGAGCAAGAUUGUUGCAGCAAGCUCGGACAAGAGUCUGGGGCUUGAUUCUUCUAGGUCCACAUGUCAAAUAUCCUGAUCUACCGUGUUGGAUACCUACGUCAUAGAGUCCUUGCUGGACGUCCUUAUAUGCUCUAUGUCUUUGGAACCUCGGUGUAACAUCGCAUGUCGCAUGUCGAGCGGAGCGCUCUCACUUUCCGAUUCAUUACCAACCUGGCCAUAUGUAUGCAUGUGCUCAACCUCACAUCACAAGCGUGAAAAGAAUCCCGAUGUUCGUACUUUGUUACAGUGGUGGUGUGUACUUACAUGUCUGACAGUCAGAAAAGCUGUGAAUUACGACUUGAACAUCAAUAUUGAGUGUAUGCAUCGCCGUCACUGGCAGAGGUCGACAAUUUUAUUUCACAUCAAGCUGUGGGGUGACUGGCGUAGAUAGGAGCAGUAUGGUGAUAAUGGAAAUCGUCAAAAUGCCUGAUCUCCAAUUUAUUAGCAUAUCCCGCGAGCUCCGCAUUGGAAAUGACAUCACAGACUAUCCAUAUUCAAAAUGCGUCCAUGCAAUGAGUACUGGUUUCCUUGGGUCUUGUUCGCCGCUCUGGCGGCCCUGCCUCGUUGCAGCUAGG